AUGGCGUCAGAAGAAGACAACUUUGACAUUGACAUCUAUGGGGAAGGGGAAACGGAAGCCAAUGAGGGAGACUAUAAGCAAGAAGACACUGACAUUAAUCUCGAUGGCCCCAAUGACGAACGUCAGCAUAAUGAUGAUAGUAUCAAGCUAGAAGACCCAAGCACGGCAACGUCAACGGUGAACGGGGAUGUGCAGUAUAACGAUUCAACAACUGCCACAUUACAGUCCACCUACUCGCAGCAGAACACUCCUACUCCACACCAAGGUAUCAAACGGAAAGAGAGCUCGGAUGACCGACCCAUCGACCCAGGUGCUACUCUUGCUCUCAUGAUCUCAGACCUGCAUUGGUGGACCACAGAAGACGAUGUUCGAGGUUGGGCUAACCAAGUAGAAUGUGAAGACGAGUUGAAAGACGUGACUUUCAGCGAGCAUAAAGUUAAUGGUAAGAGCAAAGGACAAGCUUUUGUCGAGUUCACCAGCUUGCAAGCGGCUUCAGCCAUGAAGCAUCAAAUUGAGUCAUUGGUUGGCAGCCAAGCUGGAAGCAGAAAGUAUGCUGUUACGUACUCCAAUCCCCACCAGAAUCCUUUCAAGACCUACCCCAAGGAUGGACCUGCACGAGGAAAGGAUGAUCGUCCCCAAAGAACGCCUUCGGGUGGUUCCUACAACUCUCCCGGACCACCGACGAAUAACUAUAACAACACGGGGGGCGGUUACCGAGGCGGGCGUGGUGGCGGAGGUUAUAACAGAGGAGGCAUGAACAACAAUAUGGGUGGUGGCUUCAAUAAUAACAGAAAUUUCUCCAACCCCAUGGGUGGUUUCAAUCCUGCAAUGGGCGGAGCAUUCCAGAACAACAUGGGUGGGAUGAACAACUUCGGAGGGUUCAACAACCGUGGAGGCGGCAUGAUGAACAAUCGAGGAGGCAUGGGAGGUAUGCGCGGUGGCCGCGGCGCAAACAUGGCUGGUGGGAUGCCAAUGAUGGGCGGGAUGGGUGGAAUGGGGAUGGGGAUGGGUAUGGGAGGAGCAAUGAACCCAAUGAUGGCCGGCAUGGGGAUGCAAGGGCCCGGAGGAUUCCAAGGCGGUAACCCUCAAUUCAAUCCUGCCUUUUUCAACCAGGGCCAAGCAGGCGGGCCGGGUGACGCUUCGUGGAACCCGCACGGCGCAAAGCGGACAAGACAGGAAUGA